UACGCGCUGCGCCCGGUCGGAAGUGCCCCGGCCGGUGCCGGAAGCAUCCCGGCCGUUGCCGGCAUCGGCCCAUAAGACUGCAGAAUGAGGCUUGCGGCUGGCGCGCUGUGGCGCGCGGCCGGGGCCGCCUUGAGGGGCAGCUUCUCCGUUGCGGGCCAUGACGUGGCACGCUGGUUCCCGGGACACAUGGCCAAAGGUCUCAAGAAGAUGCAGAGCAGCCUGAAGCUGGUAGACUGUAUCAUCGAGGUACACGAUGCUCGGAUUCCAUUAUCUGGUCGAAAUCCUUUGUUCCAUGAAACUCUUGGAAUUAAGCCUCACCUGCUUGUACUUAACAAAAUGGAUUUGGCAGAUCUUAAAGAUAAACAGAAAAUUGUGGGACAACUGAACAAAGAAGGAGUGAAAAAUGUAAUUUUUACCAAUUGUUUAAAGGAUGAAAACAUAAAACAGAUUGUUCCAAAGGUUACUGAACUCAUCGAGAGUGGCUACCGCUAUCAUCGAGGAGAGAAUCUAGAGUACUGCAUCAUGGUGAUUGGUGUGCCCAAUGUGGGCAAGUCCUCACUCAUCAACUCACUCAGGAGGCAGCACCUCAAAAAAGGAAAAGCCUCUCGAGUGGGUGGUCUUCCUGGGGUUACGAAAGCAGUUAUGUCCAAAAUUCAGGUGUGUGAGCGGCCUUUGAUGUUCCUUCUGGAUACUCCUGGUGUGCUUGCUCCACGGAUCCAGGAUGUCGAGACUGGGCUGAAACUCGCCACCUGUGGAACUAUUUUGGACCAUUUGGUAGGAGAAGAUAUCAUUGCUGAUUAUCUUCUUUUCACACUUAAUAAGCAACAGCAGUUCCGGUAUGUGGAGCAUUAUGACCUGGGGGAAGCUUGUGAUGACAUAGGAAGCGUACUGAAAAGGAUUGCUAUAAAACUCAAGAAGAUCCACAAAGUGAAAGUGCUCACUGGGACUGGUGAUGUUAAUGUAACUCAGCCUAACUAUUCUGCAGCAGCCUGUGACUUUAUUCGAAGCUUCCGAAGUGGGGUGCUGGGUCAGGUGAUGUUCGACACUCCUGUCCUGCAAGAGCCCCAGGCAAACAACGAUUUUGACUACUGAGCCUGAGCAGUCAAUGUUCUUUUCUGCUCCUACUCCCUGUGUGGCCUCAGGCAAGUCACUUAUUGUGUUUGGGCUCCGUUUCCUCUUCUGUAAAAUGAAGAAGUUGGAAUAAAUGACCUUAGAAUAGAGGUCCCUUCUAGCUCUAAAGGUGAAACUGUGAGCCUGAAGUCCAAGAAGUAGCCUCUGUCUUUGGGAGGUGUCUGAGGAUUUGGCAUUAAUUUUCAUCAUGUCUUGGCCGAAUAAUAAAGUAUAGUUUGUUAUUUCUUCUUCUUCUUCUUCUUUUUUUUUUUUGGUGAGGCAAUUGGGGUUAAGUGACUUGCCUAGGGUCACACAGCUAGUAAGUGUUAAGUGUCUGAGGCUGGAUUUGAACUCAGGACCUCCUGACUCCAGUAUCCGUGCUCUAUCCACUGCGCCAUCUAGCUGCCCCUUUGUUAUUUCUUCUUAAAUGAACAACAAGUAUAUUUUCAGGGCUAGGGUCCAUGAAAUGGGAUGAUCAUUGAAUUUCUUUUAGAUACAGUGUGUGUUCCUUUAAUAACUCAACUUUUUCUUACAGUAGAUAAUAAAGGAAUCUUUAAAAAAAAAGAAAAGAAAACACUUAUUCCAUACAUUGCCAUCCAGCUGUGGGAAAGGGUCUUUUCUUUGGGUUAAUUGAAUUUCACUUGUCAAAGAUUUUUAUUAUCUAAAGCAGCUAUACUCCAGGUCAAAGACUUAUCACUUUGUCAAAAGUAGAACUUGGAGCUACAAAAGAAGAACUACAUUUCUUCUUGUGAACUACUUAAAUGGUCAUUUUCUUGGCUAACCACCUAUAGCUUGAUUUUCCCUGCUUAGGAAAGACAUUAGUUUGAAAUGUUCCCAGCCAGUUACUUUUAAAACUUUAUUAAAACUUGCUAUUCAUGAUUGCUCUUGCAAUAUUCCAGAGAUUACAUUGAGAAACAAUCAGCUUUUUAAUGUAGUGGUUUAUUUUCAUAUUACUUUGAAAACAUAAAUAAAAACUUGAACAAAUAUGCUUGAAAAAUACCUUGUGGUCUAAUACAAGAACAGCCGCCUUCCAUCUUGUGUUGAAGUCCAGCUAAAUUGAUUCCAUCAUUGCAAUGAUAUUUAAUUAAAGCCUAUGAAACAGUCAUCCAAACAGUGAGUCAUAUAUACAAGUCAUAAGUCAAGUAAAAUAACUUGUAAGACAGAGACAUCAAACCUACCCCUGAGCUCCUUUCAACUACAAUAAAUGAAUAAUAGAAGUCUAUUUUUAAAAAGUUAAUCUAUUAUUAACUAACAGUAGUAGCUAAGAUAUUGGGGAGAAAUCAUUCAAUAAAUGUUUAUUAAAAAGAAUAUGCUUUUAUAGUGUUUGAGUCAACUAAACUGUGCCUUAUUCAGUAUUUUUGGGAGGAUUUUAUUGAAAUAAAUUAUUUGAGGUUUUUAACCUGUACCAUAACUCUAGAAAAGGCCAUAUGGAGAGGGCCUAUGGAAGGGUUCUUAAACUUUCUUUCAUGAUGGGUCCUUUGGCAGUCUGGUAAAGCCUAUGGACCCAGUCUCAGAACAGUCUUUUUAAAUGUAAAAAAUGAAAAACAUAAGAUUACAAAGGAAACCAACUAUACUGAAACAUAGUUAUAAAAAAUGUCUAAGAAUUCAAGGACUCCAGGUUAAGAACUCUUGGUUUAGAAUAAGGAAAUACUGGUAUCUGGAAUGUUAAAAUGGCAAGAUACAUUUGGGCUUUUAGUACCUGUUCCUAAUCUGUCUUCUCUAACCACAGCCAAUGGCCACCUUGUGAAGCAUUGCAAUAAUAUUGUCGAGGAUGUUUGUGUCCUGUGCAGUUUUGACAGCCAAUGCAUUGUAUUCUCAUAAUCUCUUCUUAUUGGAUGAUAGGAGUAUAGUGUUGGGUGGGACUUUAGGUCAUUUGGUCUACACCCCUCAGAUUUAUAGUUAAGAAAACAGACCUAGAUAGUGAAGUCAGUUGUCCAAGGUCAUCCUUCAUGAACUAAAAGUGGGUUUGGGGACAUUAUUAAUUCCAUUCUGAGGGGAAACAAAAGUAAUAAUUAUAAAACUUUAUGGUCAUUGCUAAAUGCUGAAUAUAUAGUCCAUGUUCAAAUUUGCCAAAAUUAAAGAAAACUAACCACGUCUUAAGAAAUACAGUUGGGAUAUCUGAUGUAAGAGUCCAUUGUAUCCAUUUUCAACUUUAAAAGUAAUUAAUGUUUAGGAUGGCUUACACAAGUGAAUCCACAUAUGAGUUGCAUUACCAGACCUCCCCAGUGAUGGGGAUUAUUAUCAUGUUUAGUUGAUAUGGUCUCUGAUCACAUAGGUUUAUCUUUUUCCUUAUUUCUGCCAUGGUUAAAAAUGUCUUGAGUGUUGUAGGGCUAUUACAGAAAUUUGAUACUCUCUGUCUAGGCAGCAGACUUGUUAGUAUCAAUUGACUUGCAUUUGUAUUUAGAUGACUCUUCUAACAGCAAAAAUAGCUGUUGAAGGGAGAAUUCAGAGAGAUGUCACCCCUGAAGAUGCAUACUCCUGACUAAAGUGAACUGUUUUCCUUGCUCAUCUGCUGCCUAGUCCCACAACACCAUUAAAAAUAUACUUUGAAUAAUACUCAUGAAGCCCUCCUAGCAAUUCCAUAAAGAAAACUUCAAACUCCUUAAUAUUAUGUUUCAGACAAAUCUUCGGUGUUAAAAUCUCAAAAUGUUUUCUGUUCAGAUUCUUGAUUCAGAUACUGAAAAGAAUGUAAACCUCAGGAUUGCUAGUCUUAUUUUUUAUUGUUUUUUGUUGUUGUUGUUUUUGCUUUUCUCAGGGCAAUGAGGGUUAGGUGACUUGCCUAGGGUCACGCAGCUAGUGUCAAGUGUCUGAGGCCAGAUUUGAACUCAGGUCCUCCUAAAUUCAGGGCCUGUGCUCUAUCCACUGCACCACCUAGCUGCCCCCUACUAGUCCCCCUACUAGUCUUAUAUUUUAGUAUACUUAAUACUUCAUUGAGGUGUGCUCCCCCUCUAACAGUACAAAUCUCAAUCCAUCUAUGCUUUUAAAUUCUUUUCCAUAGCCUCCCAUAAAUCUUGGAGAACUAGAAAAAGGUUCCUAGCAUAUUGGUUGGACUCUAUGCACAGGCCCCCCCCCCUUCUUCCUUGCAUGUUAGUAUUCACUGGCAGGCCAUUCUUCAGUACCCUGGGGCUGGCCUAUGGAACCUUUGGUAAAAGCAUGGAUCAGCAUAUCUCUCUGCCAAAUCUGAUCGGUCAUGAUAUCCAUGAAUGUAAUAACAUCAGUCUUGGCAUGUAGAGAUGCUUAUAACACUGGUUUCUCACCAUAGAGAUGGAAUAUGGCAGUGUGGAGGCAGACAAAUAGAGAAUAUAUAUAUGUGUGUGUGUAUAUCAGGGCUCAGACCUUUAGAAAAAGUGCUCGGCUCAUUGUCCUUUUGGAAUCUCCAUCCCGGUCUGUUCAUCCAAGUUUGUUAUGGACAUAAUGAGGCCCAGGAGAAGGUUUCUUGUCUUUGGCUGCUUCCUUAAUCUCUUGUUCCAGGCCCGUUCACUUCCAUAGACCAAAUACAGUAUGCUGAAAGGAACAUUUUUUAUAUUGUUAUAAUAAAGUCGUGGGCAAGUCUUUGAAUAGCUAGGAGGAGCAGGUCUUUUUGUCUGUGUCAGAAGUCCAAAAGGCACAAGACCUCUGAAGUCCUAGGAAUCUAAAGCUCAGGUCCUGAGCUAUCAGCCUAGGGCUGCCAUGACUGGCUCUUGAGCCAGAAGCACCAAAGAUCACGUGAACCUCUUCUAAGAUUUUGUUGGCGGAGGCGUUCCAAGAAAAUCCAUGCACCUGUGAUUUUAAUUUUCUCCUACGAGAAAAAGAAAAUGUUUUUCCCUAAGACUGAAGACCAAUCUCCAUUGUGAUAUCACACACUGAAUAUCUUAAAAAUCAAAACUUCUCUCUUUUGGAGGACUCCAGAAUUAAAUGGAGUGCUGUGUAAGGGACAAAGACUCCUCUUUGUCAGAAAGACGAAGUUAGGCUGUUACAUUCUCAGAAUGAACUUCUUGUCUUUCCUUUGGAAGUGAGCAUUCUUUGGGGGCUCUGUACUGCAUCUCACUGAAUUCCUUUUGCUGGCAGAAAGGAAAAAGUGGCACAUUUUGAUGAAUAUUGUUGAAGAGGGCAAAAAACCAGUUCUUUCCUUUUGUCUCGAGAACAGAAAAGAUCAUAUGGUGUUCAGCAUUAAAACUGACUUUAGUUUUGAUUUCUUUUUUCUUUUUCACUGAAUGCUGAAAUCUAGUUUCCCUCAAACUUUCUUUCAGGGCUGCUCUUUGAAGGGCAUCUGAACAGAAAAAAACCCCAGUUUAGUUAGUCCACUAGAUGAACUUGGUUCUUAGGUCCAAGGGCCUGCCUUCUGUGGGGUGUCUGCCUUCUUUUCAAUUAUUUUUAUUUUUUUGUGGGGCAGUGAGGGUUAAGUGACUUGCCCAGGGUUAUACAGCUAGUGAGUGCCAAGUGUUUGAGGCUGGAUUUGAACUCAGGUCCUCCUGAAUCCAGGGCCAGCGCUUUAUCCACUGCGCCACCCUGUCUGCCUUCUUUUUAG